CAGCGGUCUGGAUGCUAUAUUCCUGCACCACAGAACAUCAGACGUAUACCAUCAUUGAUUCGUUACUUCCUGUGGCUGUGGCGGUUUGUUGGUUUGCAAGUGUAUGUUGAAUACAUGGUAGAUUGUAUUAGAAUACAGAGGUUUCCUUGCAUUGUCCCGUUGUAUUAAUAUAGAGUUACUUAUUUUUUGUGAGUGUUGCAUUGCCUUACCUAAGAAAAUUAUGAGUACUGAGAACAUGUAACUACUUUUUCCAAUUAAUCGUAUAUCGAAUAACUGGCCCAUGAACUCUGCAACUGAAAAUGGAAUUUUCACCAAGGAUUUCCAGUUCAGUAGCCAAGAGAAUUCCAGAUGCAGAUCUUGAAAAGUCGGUUCGUCUCUUGGAUGAAGCUUUCACGGGUAAAAGUUUGCUUCGUGUGUCCAGGAAUUCCCCACAGAGUAGAGUCCUAGGCACUCGAAAAAGAGGCUCUGAUCGUUAUGGUCCUAGAGAAGCUACCAGUAAGUUGCUUCAUAAUGUUCAUGAUUUGUCUGUCACUGUUGGACCAGAUGAGCUGAAUAAAUUGCUACAUGACUCUACAACAGGUGCCAGUAAGUUUCUUCAUAAUGUUCAUGAUUUGUCUGUCACUGUUGGACCAGAUGAGCUGAAUAAAUUGCUACAUGACUCUACAACAGGUGCAUUACUUACAGAACAAGAGCCAUGGAAAAAUGUUGCAGACAAGCUGUAUGUGGAAUUUCUGGAGUCAUUGCAGUCCCAUGGCACUGAACAGCAGGUGUUUGAUACGGUGGCUGACUUCAUCCAGACCUGUUCUGAUAGACUGGAUCUACUGAGAGACAUGGAGAGGAAGGUUUCUCAGAAAUUUGUACCAUUGUCACAUCGUGAGGAAUGGCUGGAGAAUGAGCGAAACACGUGGCGCUUAGUGUACUGCCUCUACCAGAAUCGUAUUAGUACUCACUUGUUAUCAGCAGAUGGCUGUAAGCAAAUGGAUGACGAGGCAAUGGAUAUACCACUGAGACAACAGAGUGAAAAGGAAAUAAUGCAACAGCUGUACAAGAAUGAUAAUAUCACAAGAGAGUGUCAGCUGGUAAUUGAUUGGUUGGAGCAGAAUGCAUCUGACCAGUCUCGAGAAGAAGCGUGCCUUCAACAUUUCACAGACAAAACUGUUGCUUGGGAAAAUACACUUCAUCAGUUGCAGAACAAGUCGAGUAAUAUACCUUAUGGGAGUAGCCGACCCAUAGUACCCAAGCUGGACCCAGAUGCACCCCUUAGGGAAGGAAAGCCCCUUCAUGACAUUGAUGUGGAAGAUGAGGCUCGUCUAGUAAAAGAAGUAUUUGUGCAGAUUCGUUGUGGACAUUUACAGCAAGCUCAGCUGUUGUGUAUGCAUACUGGGCAAGAGUGGCGGGCAGCAGCUCUUGAAGGUUGGCGCUUGCAUCAUGACCCCAAUUAUGAGACAGCCAGUGGAAUUGAUGAAGUUGAUAAAUUGCCAGUAGAAGGAAAUCCCAACAGAGACAUAUGGAAACUGAUGGCCUGGAAAAUGGCAGAGGAUAAACGUAUGCCAGUUUUUGCACGGGCAACAUUUGCUGCAUUAUGUGGCCAUCUCUCUACCUUGGUUGAAGUUUGUCAGUCCUGGGAAGAUCUUCUGUGGGCACACUUUCGUGUUUUAGUUGACAUCAGAGUUGAAAAAGAGAUCCGAGAGUCAUCUGUUCGCCAUUAUGUUGAGCUACCAGCUGUUUACUGGCAGAAUGAAAUGGACAUAGAAGAAGUGUUUUCUGAGUUGGCAGCAAGUAAAGACACCCGUAUCCGCAAUGAGGCUCUACAAAUGGCACAUAAGGUUCAACAGUACCUUAUUUUGGAUCAAAUAGGUACACUAAUGGAUGAAAUGGAACAGUGGAUUAAACUUCACACAGAACAGAAAAUGCAGUCACUUCGUUUCCUGUCACAUCUUGUUCUCUUCCUUCGCCUCAUUGGAAGAGCAGAAAAAGAUCAUAUUGGUGAUGCAGUGUUACGGGCAUAUGUCAAGGAGUUGAUGCAGAUGCAUGAUCCUCAUCUAGUGGCACACUAUUCAGCAACUCUUCCUCAAGAAGAUCAGGUGGCAUUAUAUGCAGAAUUUUUAGCUGAUAUCACAGAUUCUGGUGAGCGGGAGCUCGCUCUUGCAGCAGCAGAAGAUGCAGAUCUUGACAUUGAAACUAUUACCAAGACAGUGGUUGAAAAUAUCAGAAACCGAGAAACCAGUACAGAGUUACCAGACCUGAAAGCAGAAUUAACAGCUGAAGACAUGGUGAAAGUGUUGGCAUUGGAUUGGGUUGUUUACUAUCCCUCUCAACGUGCUGAGGCAUUGUGGCAAGCAAAUGCACUUGUAUGCCACUUUCUGGCCGUUGGCAAACUAGAGGCUGCUCGCAAAGCAUUUAAUAAGAUACCCGUGGAUUCUGUUGAUCUGAUAAUGAAACAGUACCAGGCUAUGACUGAUGACAGUCUAAAUGCUGAGGGCUUGUCUGUGGUUCAUAAUCUACCCACUCGAGUUUCCUCCUCAAUUAGAGAGUAUCUUUGCUACAAAGUUUACUUGGAUGCCCAAGAAGGUUUCUCAGAUUGGUUUGAACAUUAUCACAAUGCCAAACCAAUUGCACCUAAACUGCCUCCUGGAGAAGUACCUUUCACUGAAAGAGUUGCUUACGAUCAUCGUCAUAAUCAGUACAAAUCAGAGCUUGAACGCUGGAAGAUGGCCAUGCAACAGCAGACCAAGACAGUAAAAUCUCAACUCUACAAUGUUCUGACUUUUCCUGAAGGUGGUUGGCUUGUAGACUCUGUAAGUUCAGAGGCAGAAGAUGAAGAUGUUGAUACUGAUGGUGAAAUGAGUCGGCGCCAGAAGCAAAUGGAUGACUUGCGCCAAUUAUGCAUUCCUAAGGUGGCUCUGCUUCUUCAUACUGUAAUGCACCAGAUGGGAGAGUACACAGAAUGCAUCCAACUAGCUGACCUCAUUGUCUCUGAGCAACACAAACUCUUCAAGGUGUUUACAAAAAGUAAACUGGGUGAAUUACUGGGUAGAAUUGCGGAGUCAUCACUAGCUCUCCUAGACCAGAAACGUGAUCCUUGGGGUCAUCAUGUGUCAUCAUAACAAACAUUUAAAGGACUGUUACUGUUGGUGGAUCAUUGGUAAGGUAUGAAAUAUUGUUUGUCAGUCAGGGAGGAAAAAUAAACUUUGUAUUGUAAGCAGUGUUUAUCUUACAAUGUUUAUAAUCAUUUUCUACAGUGCAUUGUGUUAUCAGCCUUGUAAUAUUAAUUGUCAGUAAAUUUUUCUACAUCUGUCUUGCA